AUCUGUCAUCACUGUGCAAUCUCGUGUCAACCUAAGUAGCAGAAAAAUGGCUCCAAUCGCCGUUGGUGACGUCAUCCCCGAUGGUACCGUAUCUUACUUCGACGAGCAAGAUCAGAUGCAGACCGUCUCAGUAUACUCACUUGCUAAGGGCAAGAAGGUCAUCAUCUUCGCCGUUCCCGGAGCUUUCACUCCCACUUGCAGCAUGAAGCAUGUGCCUGGCUUUAUUGAAAAGGCUGCUGAGUUGAAGUCAAAGGGUGUCGAUGAAAUCCUCUGCAUCAGUGUCAAUGACCCCUUUGUGAUGAAGGCCUGGGCAAAAACUUACCCUGAGAACAAACAUGUAAAAUUUCUUGCUGAUGGAGCUGGAAAAUACACCCAUGCCCUUGGGCUGGAGCUUGAUCUGUCGGAUAAGGGGCUUGGUGUUCGAUCACGAAGGUAUGCUCUUUUGGUUGAUGACCUUGAGGUGAAAGUAGCUAACAUUGAAUCUGGAGGGGAGUUCACGGUCUCCGGUGCUGAUGAAAUCGUCAAUGCUCUUUAAGCUUAUCACUACUGCCUCCCAAGUGUUCUGGCUCUACAAUGAGCUUCUAGAAUCUAUGCCAAUAAUGUUUUUGAUAUAUCUGUAGUCGCUAAUAUCAAACUUUGUAUGAAGAAUGCUUUGUGGAAAUAAGAAUUUCUUGCUUUACUAAUGUGUUGGAGGCAAAGAAACUGGCAAUAUGUAAAAUUACUCUGGGGUGAGGUGUGGACAGUAGCGUUGUAACUAAAAAAAAAAAUACUGAGAUCUCGCAAAUUAUUCACUCAAUUUGCAACA